AGGUUGGAGAGGGGUUUAGAGGAGGAGAGAGCGAGCAGAGCAUUUGAGGGACCAGCUGAUCAGAGCUGAGGUAUUCAGACACAGAGGGAGAGAGGGAGAAGGAAAGAGGAGGACGGAGAAAGCUGUAAAUUUGAGAUUAAUGAUACACAGACUGGAAAGUGAAAGAGAGAUGUCUACCUCCCUUCUCUGGAAACUGGGAGCUCAUGACGAGGGAGAAGCUAUGCGGAAAAAUGUGUGAGCUGUUGUCAGGGUGGAGAUCUGAGGGAAGAGUGUCACAGAAAAGGAUCAGGCAAGUGCUGGAAAGCAAACCUCGGAUGCGAGCGAGUCGACGACAGGGCUGAAGAACCUUGAGGAAUACAGAGCAAUGUCUUGGCUGUCACCUGUGUCAUGGGCCAAGUGGACGUGGACGGCAGUGCGAGGGGGAGAAGGAGAGGAUGAGGAGGGGCAGGAGCCCAGUGAGGAAAGGGAGCAAUAUUUAAAGACAGUGAGGGAAGAUGAAGAGGAGAGAUCUCAAGACUGCAGCUCGGACUCGGAGGGUCAUUUUGACACUCCUGAGGCAGCGACUCCUGUUCGUGCCCCUCCGCCCGCCAUAGGAGCGCUGGAGUACAGUAGCACGGAUGCAGACCAAACAGACCUGGAACAGGAGCAAAACCUGAUAGUGACUGCUCCUGUGAGGGAUCAGGAUAUUUUGUUCAGUCACAACAUGGGCCAGGACGAGCCUGCAGUCCCCAUGGGGGGUCCGUUAGAAACAACCACCCAGAAAGUAGAAGAGGAAGAAAAAGCAGAGUACUCUUCGGAAGACCCUGCUCCUGUUCCUGUUCCUGUUCCUGUUCCUGUUCCUGAUCCUGAUUCAUCCUCCCUGGAGGGGGCUGAAUGUGCAGCUCCAUUCUCCAAGCCAGCCCAAGACACGACACUCAACCAUGUUGCAGAUCCAGUCUCAUAUCUGCCUCCAGCUGCAAGUCCAUCUUAUCUCCCAGAAUUACAUUCAAUACAAAGCACUGAACUUGCAGCAGUCUCCCCCUCAGAGCCCCAUGCAGAGACGCCUUCUGCUGAACCAGAGGUGAAGCACAAUGGCCUCCCCAACCCUGAAGCACCUGCUCAAAAGACUAAAAGUAGCAAAUCCAAGCCUCCAUCUCUGAAAAUGCAUUCCUCAUUAAAAGACCCUGUCCAAAUAGACGAGGAACAAGAACUUCCCGUUCCCAGGGCAACAUACAACUUUGAUCCUGAUCAAUUUGAUGAUAGCUACAACCCCUUCACCAGCGGGGGGCCUAAAAUCCAGAACUCUCCCCCACCGUGUGGCCCGAGCUCUCUCCCCAGGCUGGAGCCGAUUGGCAGCUCAUCGCCUGAGGUCGGCUCGGCAGCACCAACCGAGUCCGACAUGGGAGAUUCUACGUCAGAGGUGAAGCCCGUGAUGCUGGAGUUUGGCUUGGAUGAGGGAGUGGAGCGCAAGCCCCCUCCAAAGAAAUUAGGGGGAAAAAAGACAAUCAGUAAACUUGCUUCAAAGAAGCAGAGGUCCAAAGGAUCAGACAGUUCCAGCAAACCUGCACCAGAACCCUCGGUGUCAGAGACACUUUCCGAACCAGUAUUGCAACUUCUUCCAGACCAGCUUCCUCAGUCUACAUCAGAACCAGCUUCAGAACCAGCUUCAGAACCAGUAACAAUUGACUCUUCCGCGCCUCUGAACCUGGAUGAUAUUCCUAUUCCCAAAAGUGGAACGUACAACUUUGACCCCAGUCAGUGGGAUGACCCAGAUUUCAAUCCCUUUGGUGGCAGCACCAAGAUGGGCGGCUCCCCUGUGGUCUCUAAGGGCUCCUACAGCUUUGAUCCAGACAAAUGUGAUGACUCUAUAGACCCUUUUAAACCUUCCAAAUCCCUGACCAAUGAAGAGUCAUCUUGUAGCAUCGCUCAGCCUGAGACGAAAAUAAAAGAUGAAGGAAAGCAGAAAGCUAAGAAGGCUCCAGCAGAGAAGAAAGGGAGGCAGAUUCCUAAGAAAGUCAAAGAGAAGACAAUCACAAAUUCGUGUAAAGUACAGAAAUAUGAUGAAAGCCAGUCCUUGGUUCUCGAUGUGUGCAAUCAGGGGGAGGAUGAAGGGGAGGUGCCCACCCCAGAGAUCACUCAGCGAGUUCAUCACGCCACAGAUGAGGAAAAGCUGGCCUCCACUUGCAUGGUGGGCCAGACAACAGACGACCAAGACGAGGGAGAAGAGCCCGAAUGUGAAAAAGCACCUCCAAAACAGCAGCCUUCCAAUGAUAUAUCUGUUGUGGACAGUCCUGACAUCAAGAUUGCAACUCAGCUGCAGGAGAAGGACACAUUCUGCCUGAAAGAUGAUACAAGUGAGAUAUCCUUGCUGCAAACAGCAAAACUGCGCAUCGGCAAGGCCCCUGACACAGCAUCCCUCUCGGAGGAUGGGACUCCUCUGACUGAGAUGGACAAGGCUGCAGUGCUAACUCUGAUCAGAGAAGAGAUUAUCACUAAAGAGAUUGAGGUCAAUGAGUGGAAGAGAAAGUAUGAAGAGAGCAGAGCAGAGGUUAUGGAAAUGAGGAAAAUAGUUGCAGAAUAUGAGAAAACAGUCGCGCAGAUGAUCGAGGAUGAGCAGCAACAGAAGAGCAUCUCCUCCAGCAAGUCGGUCAGACAGUUGACUUUAGAAAGGGAUCAGGCUGUGGCUGACCUCAACUCAGUGGAGCGUUCCUUUGCUGAUCUCUUCAGGAGAUAUGAGAACAUGAAGGGAGUCUUGGAAGGGUUCAAGAAGAAUGAGGAGAUGCUGAAAAAGUGUGCACAAGACUAUCUGAUGCGUAUAAAGCAGGAAGAGCAACGAUACCAAACCCUCAAAAUCCACGCUGAGGAGAAACUGGACAAGGCAAAUGAGGAGAUCGCCCAGGUACGAUCCAAGGCCAAUGCUGAAGGUGUUGCAUUGAACGCAGGUCUGAGAAAAGAGCAGAUGAAGGUGGAGUCACUAGAAAGGGCAGUCCUUCAAAAGAAUCAAGAAAUCGAGGAGCUCACGAAGAUCUGUGAUGAACUGAUCGCAAAACUGGGACCAGAUUAAGAAUCUCUGGCACUUGACUGGCUUCCUUCUGCUUGAGUCCUAAACCUUCUCACAUCAACACGUGAUGUAAAUGGUGUACAUGAGCACAGUUUGGCAUAUGGCAACUUAUAUAAAGUUUUUCUAUAUAUAUAUAACUCGCUGAUUACACUAUAUUUGCAAUUGCUUGCUUUCGCCUUUCAGACUGAAAUGUGAAACCAGAACAAUAAUUGUCCAUUGUGUUGAUCAUGUUAUAGCAAGUGAAGAAGCACACAAUCAUUAUGAAGUGUAUUCCUAUUGCUUUGAAGAGGUGUGUACAAAAAGAUGUGAAAGGUAACUUAGAAAAAAGUCUGUUACUUACAAAUAAUUUCCAUCAUGAUUUUACAUUUGCGUUUGUGCAGAAACCAGGGGAAAGAUGAUGUCAGCAGACAGCACAGAAUUUUAUCCACUUAACCGCACCACAUUUACACUGUAAUUGACUGUAUUUAUGAUACGGUCUGCAGAAAGUACAAAUUUCCAUACUGAGUGCCUAAACUGAUUGAAGUGUAUUACUCCUUAUGUAGUUCUUGCAGUCAUUUAUUUGGGGGUGAUUAGUUCUCAUUUAGGGGAGCUUUAUUUUCUCUCAUGGGCUGACAUAAGUGUGUCCUUCAAGUCCGAAGUUAAACCAGCAGAAUUUACACAAUAUGUACACAAAAUGUACAUUCUUCCUCAUGAAUCUUGAAUGCGAGUACUAAGAGUAAAAGUCUAUUUUACAUUCAGCUAUACAAUAGCCUCUUCAUCUGAGGACGCUUUGACAGUGACAGGAAACAUUUUAAGCAGUAAAAACUUUAUCAUUAUACUGUAAUAUUACUCAUGUGCCAUGUUUCCUUUUCUACGACUGCAUUUGAGUGUUAAAGUGCUGGUCUGACUUUAUUUUUUCUGCUAUGUUUAUCCGUCUAGGAUAUUUUACUUCGUACUAACUCCGUUGUUAAGGUGAACUGUAUACAUUUACUUCACGUAUGAUCAAAUUAUUCUAGACAAUUUAUGAUGGGUUUGCAGUUUUAGUGCUUCACCCGUGGUGAUGUAUUGAUUAAGCCUGCAUUUUAAGGAGCAGACGUUUAUCAUGUAAUCAAAUUUGCCUUUUUAACAGGAACAUUUUCUGGUCUGAACUUGAAGCAGCACACAUGCACAUUAUUAAGCAGAUAUGCAUAAAGAACAGAUUUUCUUUUCUUUUUUUCUUCUUCUUUUUUUUAAGAAAACCCUCUUUUAACUUCUGCACAACCAGAUGCCAAAUAUCACAGUGAAAGAAAAUUGUUUUUAGUGGGAUUUCAUUUCUUGACGUAUUGGUGUCGAUUAGCUUGAAAAAGCUUUUCAAAUUCAUUGUAAAAGUACCAGAUGUGUAUAUUUUAUACUUUAUUAAAAGGACAUUAAGAGUUGUGUUGCUAAUAUUUGUAAAAUGAAAACUUAAGUAUGUUCAGGUUGUACGGUAACUGCUAUAUUUUGUGCAUUGCUGAAUAAAUGGCUAUGAUUUAAUAA